AUGGCGACUGCCACAGUUCUCAGCCGCUUGUCACUGAUACCGAAACUAUCUUGUAAACCAAAAUCGUUUUCAAACAGAAGAACAACAACUCCUACGACUGUUUCUGUCCGAGCACAAGCUUCUUUCUCCGACCCAUUCGUGCUUCAGUUAGCUGAAUCUCUCGAAGACUCUCUCUCACCUUCUCCUUCUUCCUUAACUCUCCAGAGAAUCCGUGAUAGUUCCGCUGAGUCCCUCUUAUCAACUCCAUGGCCAUCCCGAAGAGACGAGCCUUUCCGGUUCACCGAUACAUCCUUCAUCCGGUACUCCCAGAUCGAACCGAGAAUCCGUGAUAGUUCCGCUGAGUCCCUCUUAUCAACUCCAUGGCCAUCCCGAAGAGACGAGCCUUUCCGGUUCACCGAUACAUCCUUCAUCCGGUACUCCCAGAUCGAACCGGUCUCGACCCAGCAGCGAAACUCGGAGAUUCUAGACAAUCUGACGGAAACCCACUUCCCAAACGCAGUGAUUAUCGACGGGUUCGUGUCCAAUUUGACGAUUGGCCCAUCGGAUUUGCCUGAUGGGGUUUACUUCGGGAGCUUCUCGGGUCUACCGGACGAACUCACGAACCGGGUUUCUGAAUUAAUCGGCGAUUUUGAUUCUGGUGAUCUGUUCUGGUCGAUUAACGGCAUGGGAGCACCGGAUUUGACUGUGAUCUAUGUUCCAGCUGGAUGUAAGGUGGAGAAUUCGAUUCAUCUGAGGUACUUUUCGGGUGAAACCGGUGACCGGGAAUCGAAAAGGUUACCGGUAUCGAAUCCUAGAGUGUUUGUGUUGGUGGAGGAAGGAGGAGAGAUUGGAAUAGUGGAAGAGUUUUUGGGUAGAGACGAACAAGGGUUUUAUUGGACUAAUCCUGUUUUGGAAGUUGUUGUCUUAAAGAAUGCCAAGGUUAAGCAUUCUUACUUGCAGAAAGAGUCUAUGGCUGCUGCUCAUAUCAAGUGGACUUUCGUCCGACAGGAGGCAGAGAGUGAAUAUGAGCUUGUAGAAGUGAGCACAGGCGGGAGAUUAGGGAGGCACAAUGUUCAUGUGCAGCAGCUCGGACCGGAUACCCUGACGGAGUUAACGACGUUUCAUAUGUGUGUCAACGAGCAGACUCUGGACCUCCAUAGCAGGAUAGUCUUAGACCAUCCCCGAGGCUCUUCACGACAGCUCCACAAGUGUAUUGUUGCUCACUCCUCCGGUCAAGCUGUUUUCGAUGGUAAUGUCCGAGUAAACAAGUAUGCUCAACAGACGGACGCGGGACAACUAACAAGAAGCCUUCUUUUGAAACCUAGAGCCACCGUUAACAUAAAACCGAACCUUCAGAUCAUUGCAGACGAUGUCAAGUGCUCACACGGAGCCGCCAUCAGCGACCUUGAAGAAGACCAGCUCUUCUAUUUCCAAGCUCGUGGGAUCGACUUGGAGACUGCAAGAAGAGCUCUCAUUUCGUCUUUUGGAUCAGAGGUGAUCGAGAAGUUUCCAAAUCGGGAAAUACGCGACCAAGCUAGGAAUCACGUCAAGUCCUUGCUCUGA